CUGAGUAACAACAAGAUCUUAUGGUUGAAGAAUGGCUCUUUCUUUGGACUGAGGUCCCUGGAGAGACUAGAUCUGAAGAAUAAUUUGAUUAGCACAAUUGAGCCAGGGGCCUUCCAUGGACUUUCAGAGCUGAAGCGCCUAGAUCUUUCAAAUAACAGAAUUGGUUGCCUAACACCAGAAAUGUUUGUUGGACUUAGCAGUCUUCACAAAUUGAAUUUGUCAGGGAAUAUUUUUUCAAGUCUCAUGAAUGGACUCUUUUCUGAGCUGCUAGCUCUGAAAGCACUGCAUUUCAACACCGAUUCACUCAUUUGUGACUGUAAUCUGAAAUGGGUCUUACAAUGGGCUAGAAAUGCUUCAGUCCGAAUUGCAGAGGAAACGAUUUGUGCUUACCCCAGUGCUUUACAAGGACAGUCUUUUCGUAACCUGAAGGAAAACCAAUUGAUAUGUGCUGGACCUCUGGAGCUUCCUCUUUUCGAGCUGAUCCCCUCACAGAGACAAGUGGUUUUUCAUGGAGACCGCUUGCCCUUUCAGUGUACUGCAACCUAUGUUGACAAAACUACCCAAGUGCAUUGGUACCAUGCUGGUCGACUUGUUGAAACAGAUGAAGAGAGUGGCAUAUUUGUGGAGGACAGCAUCAUUCAUGACUGUUGUUUAAUUACACGUGAACUUAUCCUGUCUAGCAUUGAUAUUAAUGCAUCUGGAGAUUGGGAGUGUCUAGUCAACAAUUCCUAUGGAAAUAGCACUAAACAUGUAGAAAUUGUGGUACUGGAAAUGGCUGCACCCUACUGCCCUGCAGAAAGAGUUAUUAACAACAAGGGAGAUUUCAGAUGGCCCAAAACUUUGGCUGGAAUCACUGCUUAUCAUCCUUGUCUGCAGUAUUCAUUUAACUCCAUUGCCUUUCACAAUGGUGUAGAAGAGUCUAAGGCAUGGCGUAAAUGUAAUCGAACUGGACGCUGGGAUGAAGAAAACUAUUCUGAAUGUCCUUAUUCACAAGAAAUAACUCAAGUUCUUCAUGCUUUCAGUCAGAUGCACAUCAAUUUGACGACUGUACUUGAAUUUUCCCGCCAACUGACAGCCUACACAAGAGGUGCUUCCCACUUUGCGGAUAAAAUGGAUGUAAUAUAUUUGGCUUAUAUAAUGGAAAAGUUAAUUGUCUUCGUGGAUGAAGUUGAAGAUAUAGGGGAUGCUCUCAUUGAAAUUGCCAGCAAUAUAAUGUCUGUUGAUGACCAUGUGUUGUGGAUGGCUCAAAAGGAAGACAAAGCCUGCACCAGAAUUGUGCAGUGUGUGGAACACAUUGCAAAUCAAAUACUGACCAGCAACAUUCAAGUUAUUUCAAAGGUAUCUCAUAAUAUUGCUCUGGAGGCCUUUAUGAUCAAGCCGUCUAAUUUCAUGGGAAUGACUUGCACUGCCUUCCAAAAAAUACCUGCAAAUGUUGACAAAUCAGUUGUACAUGAUUUGGGAAGCUGGGAAGCAGAUCCCCGUUCUGAUCAACAUUUGAAUUUCAAGUGCAACACUGGCAAUCUGAAUGGUUCCUUGUUGAAUUCUUCUACCAGGGUAAGUCAGUGCAAUCACAGAUACAACUUAAAUUUUUCAAUCUGGAUAAAUGCUGUAGCAGUAGCUUCAGUUCAUUUGCCACAGUCUGUCUUCUCUCAGUCUUCAGCCUGGCAAUCUGUUGAUAACGCAACUUGCAAGCUACAGUUUAUUGUCUUUCGGAAUGGAAAACUCUUUCCCAGCACAGGAAACUCAUCAAAUCUUGCAGAUGAUGGGAAACGUAGGACGGUUGCCACACCAGCUGUUUUUGCUAAAAUAGAUGGGUGCAGCUUUGGAAACCUCACCAGCCCUCUUACUAUAGGGUUGAGGCACUUUGCUCGGGGUAUAGACCCCAUUGCAGCCUUCUGGGAUUUUGACCUUCUAGAUGGACAUGGAGGCUGGUGGGGAGAAGGGUGCCACAUAAUUAGUUCUGCAGGCAAUAUUACCACCAUUCAGAGCACUCACUUCAGUAACUUUGCAGUGCUAAUGGAUUUUAAGACAGUGCUGUCUUUUCCCCAGUACCCAGGGGAGUUUCUGCACCCUGUGGUAUAUGCAUGUACUGCAGUUAUGUUAUUGUGCCUGUUUGCUUCCAUUAUCACCUACAUUGUCCAUCACAGGUAA